CGUAAUCACAAAAUGUAAUCUUCAAUAACUAAAAAGAAAUUAACAAACUUAAAAUGGGAAUGAAAUAUAUAAAUAAAAAUAUGGAUGGGCGGACAAAGAGAGAUGAGAGGUAGAGAGAGAGAGAGAAGGGUCCGUGGCGGACAUCGUUCAAGGGAUAGACAGUCGGCGUUGAAAUGGGAGCAGGGCGGAGUUCGGAGAAGAAGCUAUCACAGGAGCAAGGAACCGAGGGUUAGAGGGAAAACAAAGGAUGAUCAGUACCAGAGCCGAAAUAAGCAGAGAGACGGGCCUUAUAAUUGGGGUCUAUAUAAACAAGCAACAACAUUUUUCUUUACCAAUAUUCCGGAUGAUUGGAGCUAUGAAGAAAUGUGGAGUACGUUCCUGAAAUUCGGCAGAGUCUACGACAUCUAUUCCCCAAAUAGAAGAAGUAGGAAUGGAAGUAGAUUCGGCUUUGUGAGAUUUUUAGGAGUGACAAACAGGAAGGAACUGGAAAGAAAGCUGGAUCAGAUCCGGGUAAAAGACCAGAAAUUGUGGGUGAAUAUUCCCAGGUAUGAAACUGAGAAGCAAGAAGGCGGGGAGAUAAGAAUAAGCUCUGGUAGGCUGACAGGAGAUCAGAAUAGAAGUUAUGCAGAGGUGGUGAAAGGAAGGCAAGAGAAGGAACUAGUAGGGGAUCAAAGCACUCAUAGCAUGGAAGGCCGAGACAGGGGAAGAAGAAAUGACAAAGAAUGGAAGAAGGAUGCAGGGCAAAACAAGCAAGGGAAUAACAGAGAUAGUGAUAGACACCAGCCCCGGCAUACUACUAACAGGAAAGUGUGGAAAGAAAGAGGAAAGGGAGCGAAAUGGGCAGGGAUGGAGUUCAAUGUAAACCCUGAAGAGUAUGCUUGGCUCGAUGGCAGUUAUGUGGGUAUAGUGCAUUCCGUGGAGAUGGUACGCAACUUACAAGAAAAAUUUUAUAUGGAAGGGUAUUUUUCUUGUCAAAUCCGUGCAAUGGGAGGCAAAAUGGUACUGCUAACUGGUCAAGACAAGGACGAAGUGAAAGAUUUAGUCGAAAUGGCUGCAGAUUGGCUAAGGCAAUGGUUUGAAGAGGUGAAGCCAUGGACACCACAGCUGAUUGCAAAAGAGAGAUAUGUAUGGUUAAGGUGUCAAGGGGCACCGGUGAAUGUAUGGGGAAGCGAUUUCUUCUCAACUAUGGGAAGUUCAUGGGGUAAGUUUAUUUGCUUGGAUGACAGCACAAGCAAGAAGGAGAGGUUCGACAUAGCAAGAUUUUUGAUUUCUACCCCAAUAAUGGAGACAAUUUCAGUCUCAAGGGAAAUCAAAAUCAACGGAAACAUAUUCAAGAUGAAAUUCACAGAAGAGGAAGCAACCAAUUGCUUUUUCUCCUUGAAGCACGAUUUUAUCCCCUCUUUCAAUAGUGAGUCCGAAGAUCAGGAAUCUUGGUCUUCUGGAACAGAGCCGGGGAUGUUGGCCGAGGAAGAUGAAAGGAGGAACGUGGAGGUUCAAUCUGGGCGACCCGUAGAAGAAGAUGAUGACGCAAGAAGUCGUAGGAAAGAGGAAGAAAGGAUUAAGUCAAUUCAAACCAGCCAGGGAAUUGGGGGAGCAGCAGAAACCGUUGGUGACAACCUGGACGUGAUUCAAAAUUCAAACGAAAGUGAGAGAAGCGGGUGUCCAGAUGGCGUGGCUGUAGGACUGAAGAUGCAGGCCCCGUUGGCGGAAAUUGGAGGAAAAGAAAAUGAAGAUACUAACCACAAUUUGAAGCCCAAAGAUCAGCCAAUGGCAAGGCCCACCCCGCAGAAGGAAAGCCCAAUGGCAGUAGAGUCCACAAACGUGGAAGUGGCCCAAGUUGAAACAUUAAAGGUGCCGGUAAUUUCAUCCCAUAUCAGGGACCAUUCUGGAAGUGGAGAUCCCGCAGAAGAUAAGGGCGAUGGUGAAGAAGAUGCCUUCUGGAAGGGACAUGAAUCAGAGAGAAGCCGAAUAGAAGUAUGGAUCGGCAAACAGCUGGUGGAAAUCAACUCAAAAAAUCGCAGAAGGAAGGUUCGAAGGUGUAGUUCGGUGUAUGGUCAAACCAGAUCCAGUGAGGCGUCGGUUGGAAGGAAGAGAGGAAGAAAGAAGAUGAACCCGCAACAGAGGGAGGAGAGACAAGACCCAAUCUUCACGUCGAACCAGGAUGGAAAGGCGGCUGGAGAUUCGGUAGGUGACAGUGAUAUUAUUAAUGUUAACAGAGCAUUGAAGAAACAGUGGCAAAACCAACUCGCAAAGGAUAUAUGGGAUUUGGCGACGCAGCUCGGAGCGGUGGCAGAGAAUGACGAAGAGGUGAUCCAACGAUUAGAGGAGAUGGAGAUUAGAGAUCGAGAUGCAAAGAGGAGUAUGGUGAACCGAGAGGAAGAAGGCUGUAGGAAGUUUUUAGCUUUACAAGAAACCAAGAUGGGUACAGUUGAUAGGAUGAUAUGUAGAAAUUUAUGGGGAUCUGAGGAUAUGGAUUGGAUUGCAAAACCGUCUAAUGGCUUGUCUGGAGGUUUGAUAUGUGUCUGGGACUCAAAAAUUCUGAAGAGGAUAGAGAUUCUAGAGGGGGAUAAUUUUUUAGGGGUAUUUGGUAUGUGGGGUUCGGAGGAGAUACCAAUAUUCAUUUUAAAUAUUUAUUCCCCGUGUCAUCUUCCAAAUAAAAGAGCCUUAUGGGAGGAGCUGCAAAGUUUAGUAAACAACAGAAAGGGAUUAUGGUGCUUAAUGGGGGAUUUUAAUGCUGUAAGGAGGAUUGAGGAAAGAGCUGGAUGUAAGGCGGUGUCAAGCGAAAUGAGGGAGUUCGAUGCUUUCAUCCACAAUUCUGAGUUGUUUGAUUUGCCGCUGAUAAGGAGAAAAUACACUUGGUAUAAUUCUAAUGGGCAACAAAUGAGCAGAAUUGAUAGAUUUCUGUUUUCUGAAAAAUGGCUAUCAAAGUGGAGUGAAAUGAAACAGUGGGGGUUGAAGAGGUCUAUAUCGGAUCACUGUCCUAUUCUGGUAAAAAAUGAGCUGAUCGACUGGGGUCCAAAACCGUUCAGAUUUUUUGAUGCGUGGUUGGAUCAACCUGGAUGUAAGGAAGUGAUUGCAAGGGUAUGGAGAGACAAAGAUGUGAAGGGCUGGAAUGGAUUUAAAUUCAAAGAAAAGCUGAAAAGAACAAAGAAGGCGCUAAAAGAGUGGAGUGGCAAGUCCAACAGGGAGAUGGACGGAAAAAUAAAGGAGGCAGAACUUGUGAUCGCUGCAAUUGAUGAGAAAGGAGAGCAGCACCAGUUAUCGGAGAACGAUGUUGAUAUGAGAAGGAAUAGCUUUAUCGAACUGUGGAAGUACAUGAAGAUCAAGGAGAGGAUGAGUCAACAAAAAUCAAGAAAGCAGUGGCUAAAGGAAGGUGACGCGAACUCAAAAUUCUUCCAUAGAAGCAUCAAGGGAAGAUGGAACAGAAACGUAAUCAACAGCAUCCGGAUAAAUGGGGAGCAGUAUACAGGAGUGGAGGCAAUGAAGCGGGAGAUUGCUAAAUACUUUCAAGUUUUGUUUACAGAAGAAAGUUGGAGGAGACCAAAGCUUGAUGGCAUAAGCUUUAGGAAAAUCUCACAAAUGGAUAAUGAGCUCCUCACCUCCACUUUUUCGGAACAGGAGAUAAAAGAGGCAAUUUGGAACUGUGAUCCAUCCAAAGCCCCAGGACCAGAUGGAUUCAACUUCCGGUUUAUUAUGUCAAUGUGGGAGGAUAUCAAAGAAGACAUAAUCAACUUUGUUCAGGAAUUUCAUCAUCAUGGCCGGCUGGUCAGGGGAUCAAAUGCCUCCUUUAUUGUAUUAAUCCCAAAGACAGAUAAUCCACAGGCAAUCGAGGAAUUCAGACCCAUUUCGCUAAUAGGUGUCACGUAUAAGAUCAUUGCAAAACUAUUAGCGAAUCGACUUCGAAAGGUAUUACCGAAGGUGAUUGGGGAGCAGCAGAUGGCUUUUAUUGAAGGAAGGCAGUUAGUGGAAGGGGCAGUGAUCGCAAAUGAGAUUCUCGAUGAAUUCAAGAGGAAAAAGAAGAAGGGAUUCCUAUUUAAAGCUGAUUUUGAGAAAGCCUACGACAAAGUAAGCUGGGAAUUUAUAGACUAUAUGAUGAUGAGGAUGGGAUUCUGUGAAACUUGGAGGAAAUGGAUUCAGGAAUGCUUGAAUUCAAGUUUGAUCUCGAUUCUAGUCAAUGGCAGUCCGACGAAUCAAUUCCCGGUUUAUAAAGGCAUCCGUCAAGGAGAUCCUUUAUCCCCAUUCCUUUUCUUGAUUGUCGCAGAGGGGCUGAAUGGACUAAUGUCAUCGGCUGUGGAGAAAGAAAGGUACAAAGGAGUGGGCAUUGGGAGUGGAAAUGUGAUGGUCACACACCUCCAAUUCGCGGACGACACAAUUUUCUUUGGGGAGGCAUCGGAAGACAAUAUUAUGGUGAUUAAGUGUAUUAUGAGAACAUUCGAGUUAGCCUCGGGGUUGAAGAUUAAUUUUAGAAAGAGCCAGUUGAUAGGAGUGGGCGUUGACCAAAAUUGGAGUGCUAGAAUGGCAUACCAUUUGUGCUGCAAGGAAGGGAAAUUGCCAUUCAAAUAUUUGGGAAUUCCAAUUGGCGGGAAUCAUAGAAGGAAAGCCAUGUGGCAGCCUAUGGUGGAGUCUGUUAGAAAGAAGCUAGCCAGCUGGAAGGGGAGGUAUCUCUCGAGGGGUGGUCGCAUCACGCUCAUCAAUUCAGUGCUAUCAAGCCUCCCAGUGUUCUUAAUGUCCGUCUUUGUCAUCCCAAAAGGUAUAAUUCAUUCUAUUGACAAACUCCGUAAAAGCUUUUUAUGGGGAGGGAAGGGAGAUGAGAGAAAAAUAAACUGGAUUAGUUGGGACAAAGUAUGUAAAAAGAAAGAGGAAGGAGGGCUAGGAGUGAGGGAUUUAAGGAAGUUCAAUUUGGCAUUGAUGGGUAAAUGGUGGGGUCGGCUUGCUGAAAAUGGGGAGAGCAUGUGGAAAAAAAUAAUUGUAGAGAAGUAUGGUUAUGGAGGGGGUCAUUGGCAGGAUUGGACUGCUGAAAAUAGAGGAAUAGGAUCAUCUUGGUGGAGAGAUGUGUGUGAUUUAAACUCAAUGGAUGGGGGUUGCUAUGGUUGGUUAAAAGAGGGUUUCAGGGUUAUCAUUGGGGAGGGCAAUUCAGUUAGUUUCUGGUGGGAUAAAUGGACGGGGGAAGAGUGUCUUGCAAACAUGUUCCCAAGACUGUAUAUGCUAUCUACAGAAAAGAUGAAGAGGUGCUGUGAAAUGGGAAGGAGAACCAACGGAUCAUGGGAGUGGAAGUUAUCAUGGAGGAGGAACUUGUUUGAUUGGGAAAAGGAAGAGUCAAUGGAAUUACUCAACAAGAUCCAAAACGUGCAGAUCUCUCAGGGUUGCAGGGAUACCUGGAAAUGGGCCCACAGCAAGGAUGGCAUAUACUCAACAAAUUCAGCAUACGCAACUCUAACCAAAGAGGAGAGGGAAACAACUGAAAAUACUACCUUCUCAAGAAUAUGGAACCCUAUUUUGCCAAGUAAAAUCUCGGCAUUCAAUUGGCAGUUACUGCAAGACAGGAUUCCAACAAAAAUGAAUCUACUGGCAAGAGGAAUCAUAAAGGACAUUCGAGAAUGCAAGUGCGAAAUUUGUGGUGAGGAAGAAGAGGAUACUAAGCAUUUGUUCUUAAGAUGCAACAUAGUCCGAUGGUUAUGGAUGGCUUGUGCAAAGUGGUGGGGAAUUAAUGUCACUUUGGAAGAGGACUGUUGGAAUACUUUCCGGAAUCAUGAAAGAGAACAUAAAGACAAAUGUAUUAGAGACGGAUGGGAUUGCAUAUGGAAUUCUUUAGUGUGGACAGUGUGGCUAGCCCGUAAUCAAAAAAUUUACCAAGGCAAAGAGAUUAUCCGGGAGAAGCUGCUGGAGCUCAUCCAAUUAAAGUCUUUCCAAUGGAUCACAACCAAAAAAGAAAGGUAUGCCUUCUCGUUAACAGACUGGUUUCUUAAUCCAGUAGCAUGCUUGUAUGAUUGCCGCAGGAAAAGAAGGGUACCAAAUGAGUUAGUAGUAGGAGGAGAGGGUAGUUGAUUUCUGGGAGGCAUUACCUAUGGUUUUGUAUUUUUCUGUUUCUGCUUCUGAGGGUGAAUUGAUGAGUUUUUGGGGGCUCACAAAGGUUGUAUUGAGCAAGCAUUGACUAUAGUAGAUUUAGCUAUAGUCAAUACAUGAUCAAUGCCCUGUGGGUCUGUUGGGGUGGUCCGGGUCAUGGUUGGUUGAUCUGAACAGGGUGUUUUGAUGAUUUGGCAAAAGAGGCCAGAAUCCUCGUUACGGACAUAGUGUCGACACUUUGUUUGGGUGUCGACACCUUGUAUUAAGUUUUGUUAUCUGCAGGUUUGGAGUACCCCUUGUAUUCCGUAUAUUAAUAAAUAACACUUUCGCUG